AUGGCGUCAGUCUGUAAACCCGACCAGAUGACGUCAGUCUGUAAACCCGACCAGAUGACGUCAGUCUGUAAACCCGACCAGAUGACGUCAGUCUGUAAACCCGACCAGAUGACGUCAGUCUGUAAACCCGACCAGAUGACGUCAGUCUGUAAACCCGACCAGAUGACGUCAGUCUGUAAACCCGACCAGAUGACGUCAGUCUGUAAACCCGACCAGAUGACGUCAGUCUGUAAACCCGACCAGAUGACGUCAGUCUGUAAACCCGACCAGAUGACGCCAGUCUGUAAACCCGACCAGAUGGCGUCAGUCUGUAAACCCGACCAGAUGACGUCAGUCUGUAAACCCGACCAGAUGACGUCAGUCUGUAAACCCGACCAGAUGAC